AUGGGAAGCAGUCCACCUCCAUUUCUUGAUAUCGGCAAGAAAGCCAAAGAUCUUUUAAACAAGGAUUACAUUUUCGACCACAAGUUUACUCUGACAAUGCCGAGUGCCACAGGAACGGAAUUCGUGGCUACAGGUUUGAAGAAGGAUGAUUUCUUUUUUGGCGACAUAAGCACACUGUAUAAAGGGAAAAACACCAUUGUUGAUCUGAAAAUCGACAGUCGCUCAAGUGUGUCAACGAAAGUAACUGUCAAAAAUCUCAUACCUUCUGCUAAAGCUGUUAUUAGCUUCAACAUACCUGAUCACAAGUCUGGCAAGCUGGAUGUGCAAUACGUUCAUCCUCAUGCUACGCUCAAUUCCAGCAUCGGCCUCAACCCAACUCCUCUUCUAGAUCUUUCAGCAACUAUCGGAAGCCAGACUGUUUGCCUUGGUGGUGAAGUUGGUUUCGACACAGCUUCUUCGACACUAACCAAGUACAAUGCCGGAAUCGGUAUAAACAAGCCAGACUACUCUGCUGCGCUCAUACUGGAGGAUAAAGGGGAGAGUCUAAGAGCUGCUUACGUCCACGCGGUGAAUCCAACCACAUCGUUUGGUGCAGAACUGAUCCAGCGCUUCUCCAAUUAUAACAACAGCUUCACCAUCGGAAGCUCUCACUUUCUGGAUUCAUUCACAACGGUGAAGACCAGAAUCUCGGACAGUGGGAAAGCAGGGAUGGUAGUACAGAGAGAAUGGAGACCGAAGUCGCUCAUAACUUUAUCAGCUGAGUAUGACUCAAAGGCUGUGAACUCUUCACCGAGGCUCGGUCUCGCUCUCGCCCUCAAACCAUAA